AUGAAAAAAUAUUUUUGUUUGAAAUUAAAACAGGACCCUAAUUUCUAUUAUGAGACCGAAGAUACUGACCCCCACCAAAGAGAACUACAACUCCAAUUUAGACUUUUUAUCGACAACCAAUUCUUCCAUAAGAUUAAAAUUACUGACACUAGUCUUGACCAACACAAAGAUUUAUUAAAAAAAAGAAGUUACAAAGAAUACCAGUUUCUUCUCUUCCAGGCUGAACAACAAUCGCAAAUUGAACCGAACACUCUUUCUUUCACCAGGGUAGAAAUUAUUCAUAACCGUGGAAGUUUGUGGCAUGGCCGAAUAUAUGACGCUCCUAACGACGGCUAUAGCCUUAUUACUUCUCUGGCUUUAAAAAAUUAUCUUAAAGAUAAUGAAUUGGGUGAUUAUCAGUGGAAAGCUUUUUUUGGUUUCAGCCAAGAACCCAAACUAGCAGGAAAAAGAAAUUUUUUCUCGUUGGCACAACGUAAACAGAUUUUCCAAAACCGAGAGUUAGGAGAAAUAUUAACUAGGAAUGAAAAAACCAAAGAUG